GGCCAAUCAGAGCGUGUAUGUCUGUGUGCCGCUCCCUUUUAGCAAACUGCUGAACGGCGACGAGCUGCUGAUUUUUGUUUCAGAUACAGUUAAAAUACUAACUUUAGCUGUAGUUAAUCUUAAAAAGGAGUCUAGCGGAGUGUCCAGGUAAAGAUGACGGACUGUGUCACUAAAGUGGAGCUGUGUAUCUCCUGCACUGACCUGCUGGAUAAAGAUGUCGGAUCAAAGUCUGAUCCUUUGUGUGUGCUGCUGCAGAGCACAGGGGGAGACAAAUGGACCGAGCUGGCUCGCACCGAGCGUUUGAAUAACGCGUCGAGUCCGGCCUUCAGUCAGCGCCUCAAACUGGAUUAUCACUUUGAGAAAGUGCAGAAUCUGAAGCUGGGGGUGUACGAUAUCGACAACUCCAGCUCGGACCUCGGAGAUGAUGACUACCUGGGAGGGGUGGAGCUAACUCUGGGACAGAUAGUUGCCAGUAAGACUCUGACCAGACCUCUGCAGCUGAAGAAGGGCAAACCUGCAGGCAAAGGAAGCAUCACUAUCACAGCCGAGGAGAUAAAGGACAACAGAGCCAUUGAGUUGGAGUUUGAGGCUAAAAACCUGGACAAGAAGGAUACGUUUGGGAAGUCUGAUCCAUUCUUGGAGUUUUUCAAAAAAGCAGACGACGGAAAGUGGCAGCUGGUCCACCGAACAGAGGUGGUGAAGAACAAUCUGAGUCCCUCCUGGAAGAAGUUCACCGUCGCCCUGCAGACGUUCUGCGGCUCCGACCUGGAAAGACCACUGAAGGUGGAUUGCUCUGACUAUGACAGCGACGGCACUCAUGAUCUGAUUGGUUCUUUCACCACUAAAGUCUCCGAGCUGAUGAAAGCUGCGGGUGGUUCCCCGGUGUCGUUUGACUGCAUCCACCCCGACAAACAAAAGAAGAAGAAGAGCUACAAGAACUCUGGAGUCGUAUCUUUGAAGAACAGCAAGAUGUUAACUCAGUACACCUUCCUGGACUAUGUGAUGGGUGGCUGCCAGAUCAACUUCACUGUGGGGGUCGACUUCACCGGCUCUAACGGAGACCCUCGCACGCCCAACUCUCUCCACUACAUGAGUCAAGACGGGCUGAACCAGUACCUGUCGGCUCUGUGGUCCGUGGGUAACGUGGUGCAGGACUACGACACUGAUAAACUCUUCCCAGCAUUCGGUUUCGGAGCCAAACUGCCUCCAGACUACAAGACUGCAAAUCAUGAGUUCGCCCUCAACUUCAACCCCGCCAACCCCUUCUGCCAAGGUGUCCAGGGCAUCGUGGAGGCCUACAGGAUGGUCCUGCCUCAGCUGAGACUCUCUGGACCCACAAACUUCUCCCCCCUCAUCAACCACGUCGCUGGCAUCGCCUCCCAAGCAGCGCAGAGCAACAACGCCGCUCAAUACUUCGUCCUCCUCAUCCUCACUGACGGUGAGAUCACUGACUUCGACCAGACGAAGGACGCCAUCGUGCGGGCGUCGCGGCUGCCCCUGUCCGUCAUCAUCGUGGGGGUGGGCCCGGCUGACUUCAAGGCCAUGGAGCUGCUGGACGGGGACGACGGCGUGCUGAGGUCCACGGUGGGGGAGGCCGUCGCCAGGGACAUCGUCCAGUUUGUCCCCUUCAGAAACUUCAAAGAUGCUCCACCGGCGUCUCUGGCUCAGUCUGUCCUCGCUGAGGUUCCUAACCAGCUGGUUUCUUAUUUCAAAAUGAGAGGCUUCGACCCCCCUAAACCCCCAGCCAAAGCUGCGGCCCCCAAAUCCUAAACCUGGCAGCCUCAAAGCCUCAACGCCACCCCUGCACUCCCCACACCCACCUUUAAAGCUGAAGGCCCACCCUCAUCUCAUUCCAGGGUCACACCACUCUUCAGGGUCCAACCUAAUGUGUUGCUAGCCAAUCAUAACGAAGCAUUCAGCUGUCAGCCAAUCAGAAUGCCACAGCAGUUGUUCCCCAGUUAAACAAUUAUAUUUUUUCAUACUUUUCUCUUCAUAGGUGUAAUGAUGAUGUAAUUUAGAAUAGAUGAUUGACUUUGAUUCCCUCUGCUGCUUGCACACUCUAUGCAAAUCACGUGUUAACUCGCUUGUGUUUAACAAUCACGAAGCCUGAUUAGCUUCAGGUAUCGAUACUUAGCACUUUGCUCUUGCACUCAAUGCUGGGAAAUGUUAUCAUGAAUGAUAAUAUUUGUUAUCAUAGCUUUACUAAUACAGCCUUAAUAUAAAACCUUACUAUUGCCUUACUGUAGUUUUAGCGCUUCAGCUUUAUUGCUUCCAGACUGUUCUGUCACGACUCUCAGUGCCACCAUCUUGGCUCCAAAUUGUGAAUGUACCAUAAAGGCGCAUUUUAAAGUGUAAACAACUCUUUCCCACGUAGGGUUUUAUUGUUGGAAUGCACACACAACAAAGGAAUUGAAAACUCUCCCUCUCCGCCUUCUUUGCCUCAUCGAUUAACGGGGCUCUUUUUCUGUAAUGGGAAGAGUUUCCACAAAUCCUUUGGUUGCUUCUUCCAGCACCAUUUAUGCUACCAUGGCAUUUGGACCAGGUAAUAACAAAAGUGCUGUCCUCUUCAUGUUUUGGUUCCUUCCUUUGUGAGCAUGGGACCUGAGCAUCACACUGAGAGUCUGACUGAAUCUGAUCUGCUUAUUAACCAAAAGUAUUCUUCUAAAAACAUGCACACUUCUAUUGUCAAAUUGUGUCAAAACUCAUGUUCACUGCAGAAAAACCGCAGUUAAUGUUACAUUGCCAACUAAAUCGUUUUUUGCCAACGCUUCCUCUACAGAAACUUCACUUAGACAUGUUUGCUGUUUUUCUUCAGGGUCCAUUUUAUUAAAGUGAUUUUGUAUAUUUGUUGCGCUGAUACUUUUUUCAACUUAAGCCACAAGAUUUAUUCUUCAUUUAAAUCAAAAGAUGUGGGAUAAUAGCUGGUUAGUUAAGGAAGUGAGAGAAGAAUGUUUUUGUCAAACAUUUGUCAAAAAGCUCGAGGCAGAAGCGUCUGAGGUGCCAUCAGUGUCGGCAGUUUGGAUCAAAUUGGUUUCAGUUUUCCCAUGAUGACAACAUAAUAAGGUUUUAAAUUGUAACAUUUGAGAAUUGAAACAGUCGGAAUAGAACUUGAAAUAUCUAAUGAAGUGGACCAUGAUGUCAGAGUGUGUGUUUAAUGUCAUUUGCCAAACUGCAGCGGAUUCUGUAACUUGAAGUUUGUCCCCGUCAGGCUGCCAUGACGUCUUUUUGUAUUCUUCUACAUUGCCAGUGACUUGUUUAAUUUCUGUUUCUAUUUGAAGGGAACCUUUGUUUUCACAUGUUUGGUUUAAAUUGGUGAAAGAGGUUUCUAAUGGUAGAAACUUUGGCCAACAUCAUGGAGUUUUCAUUUUAACCAGACUGUUGAUGGAAUAAAGUGAAAGCAAUCAUUAUAGAAAUCAGAGAGAAUUACAAGGCUGCCUUUUCUUUGCUGCACGGCUCACUGUGAAUACUUUUUAUAUCAUUUUUUGUAUCUGUUAAACGUUUAUUUUUCUGUUUACAUCCUUGUUGAUCCACAUCAUCAUGUGACCACCAGCCCCACCGCUCACUUAUUCACACAACUGCUUAAACCAACCAGUAUAACUAAAACCAGUAUAACCAGUUACUCUAUAUCAUGUCUGUAUGAGCACUGCCUGGUAGAAAACAAUAAUAAAAACAUAUUUGGGAAAA